CCUGGCAGCGUCGCGGACCUGCGCCAGACUUGAGUCAAAGCGGGGCGCGAUCCCGGACACAAUGUUACCAACGCUGGGUGAAAUAGUGCGAGGCCUCAUCUAUACGGGGCCGCUGCUGUCCCAGCUGGUGUGCGACAAAUUCCAGCACAUUCCGAUCCAGUUGGGCGACGAGGCGGUCAUCACGAGUCGCGGCUACCCGGUGACGCCCUACGAACCGCUCACCAAGUGCGUCACCUCCUUCUACCCGCUGGACGCGGACACUCGGGUCCAGCUCGACUGCGCCGACGUGCAGACGGACGGCAGCCGCAUGGACUGGGUGUCCCGGCUGCUGGUCGGCGGCUCCGACUACCUGCUGCUGGUCACCGGCCUCACCUGGAGCCAGGUGCGCUCCACGGACGGCGGCCCCGUGCGCCGCGUCGGAGAGCCCGGCCAGGUGGUGCGCGUUGGCUUAUUCACCGACCCGGUGGGCACAGCGCGGGGCUUCAGCUGUACGGUACGCGGCGUGCGCGCGGAGACGCCGCUGGCGUGCGGCGUUCGCCAGCUGCCGCUGAUCGACCGACGGCGCGAGGCGCGCAUCCUGGGCGGCACGACGCAGGCGGAGAACCAGUGGCCCUGGUCGGUGCAGCUGUUCCUCGACAACGCGGGCGUGCCGUCGCUCUGCACAGGCACGCUGAUCACGCCGAGGGACGUGCUGACGUCGGCGCACUGUCUGCCGACCGACGGCACGCCGGUGCGGGUGGUGCCCGGCGCGCUGCGACUGGGCUCCGGGGUGCCCAUCACCACCACCGACUACCAACCGCACCCGGACUUCCAGCCUGGAGACACAGCACCUCCCAGUCUGAACGACAUCGGCGUGCUGCGCCUGCCGUACCGUCUGACGUACUCGGCGGCGGUGCGUCCGGUGUGUCUGCCGCGCGCCUCCGACAUCGAGGACCCGGACCGGGGAACGGUCUUCGGCUGGGGCCAGCGCGAGUUCGGCGGAGACGCCGCCCAGGACCUGCAGGCGGUGACCAUGCCACUAACUGACGAGACCACAUGCAACGAACUCGCCGCCAAAGCUAACAUUGCAGGGGCCCAGGUAUUGUGUGCCAGGCCAAACUAUUUCGCCGCCACCCCGUGCGCGUCCGACUCUGGGGGAGCACUGGUGACCGAGGACAGAGACACGGCGGUCAUCACGCAAUUCGGCAUCACUUUCGCCGGCGAGAACUGCACGACCAACAGCAGGGCCAUGUUCUUUACCCGCGUCAGAAGUUUCGUGAAUUUCAUCCAGGCCAACACUGACUGGGUUCAAGAGCCUUGAUGAGGUGUAUGAGUAUGAACGUAUGAGUAUGAGUAUGAGUAUGAGUAUGAGUAUGAUUAUGAGGUGCCAACGAGGGCUGACGUCACUGUCUGGGGCUUAGAGCUGCAUUGAGGAUGCUUAUAUACCUGUCUUCGGGUCGCCGCCUAGAUGCUGAAGGCUCGACACUAGACAAGAUCACCUUCCUUGGUCGAGGAGUCUUCUGAAUGGUGCUCUGAUGAGUGCGGCUGACUCGUGAGAUGGCGCAAGUUUAGUUUAGUUAUGACUGAUUUGCCUGCUUUUGUUGGUUAUUAUCUGUCAGACGGAGUCACUGACCCGGUAAAAUAGGUGAGUGGUCUGGUAGAUUGGUUGACUGGCCUGUAAGAUGGAGUCAAUAGCUUGGUAGCUGUCGUGACUGGCUGUAAGAUAGAAUCGAUAGCCUGGUAGAUGGAGCUACUGCUCGGCCCUUGGAUGUAGCCAGGAAAUCUAUUUUGAGAAGAUGCAGCGCCGGUAGUCACUAAUGUGCUCCGUUCGCCGAACCAUCUUCGAUCCGGCUCAGUCGUCUCGUCUUUAUCACGCCCAAAUGAAGUGCCUGACGCUCGUAAGGUGCUUAGUUUUCUGCGGUUGAUUAAACUGAAAGCCCUCCUCUCGACCGGUACGUCGAGGUGCUAUGGGAGUAAUGCCAGUAGCUCGUCCCAAUCCACUCAUGGAGCCUAGCUGGCAUCAUUUUGAGGCAGUUGAGUUUGUUUAUUUAUUACGGAGCGAGCGAAGCGAGCGGAGUCUUUCCUUAGAUUAACGGAAAUUUCUGAGUAUGAGCGGCCGGCCG